CGAGAGGGAACAAUUCUCGUUUGUUUGUUUCUAAAUCAGGCAAAAAUUAAUGAGCGCGCUGAUGUCAUUAACAGAAUUUACUUGCUUACGGGGCCAUCGUUGAAUUUUAGGCAAGGGCGCAAAGAAACCCCCGCACCCCUGGAAGCUUUCGCUGAUCGUUGCACGCCUUUGUCUGACCUCAGCUCCACAAUGGGAACAAUGCCAGACUUGAUGUCAUGACACAACUAAACAUAGUUUUCAGAUAUUGGAAACCCCCCUGUAGAAUGUCAGACAGUCUUCAGGGGUUAUAUUUAGUCGCACAGAAGCGCAGAAAACCCCAAGCGGCCUUCUGACAACGUGUGCUUUGGUGCGAUGAUCACGUUACCAUGGCGACCUUCAGUGACGGCGUCUCUUGGUGUGUGCGCUGUCGUCUGCAUCGGCGCCAUGUACUCCCUGGUACUGUACGGAGACAAGUACAGCGUACCUGAAUAUCCCAAGAUCUUCACUCUACCAUCUUACAGAGGUCUGGAGCACCCUACUCCGUGUCGCACAUGCCAAGAACACAUCAACGUAACGUUCGCCAAGGUCCACAAAGCCGGGGGGUCCACCGUUAGCACCAUCCUCCAGCGCUUCGGCGAUCUUCGGAACCUCUCCUUCGUGAUUCCUCGGAGCCGAGUCAGCCUCGGGUGGCCAUACCAGUUGAAACUGAACGCUACCGACUACCGCCCGGCCUUAGACGGUAGUUUUAACCUCCUUGUUGAUCACGUGUUGUUCAACAAGACAAAGAUACAAGCCAUCAUGCCACGUGACACAGCGUAUAUUACCAUAUUACGUCAUCCCUUUGAACAGCUCAAGUCGGCAUUCAGUUGGUAUGAAGUUCCCACUAAGUAUCGCAUCCGGCGCGGAAAAGAUCCUAUCCGAGAGUUUUUGCAACAACCCGCCAAAUAUGAGAGAAACUUCAGGACAAGGCUGCCGUUUCGAUACACUAGGAACUUUAUGGCGUACGAUCUUGGAUUCACGAAUCUCUCACAGGCUGGGAACGAGAGCGCCAUUCGUGAAUUCGUACGACAGGUUGACUCAGAUUUCGAUCUCGUUCUCAUACUGGAGCACCUGACCGAGUCUCUGGUACUCCUCAAGCGAUACAUGUGCUGGUCUCUUAGCGACAUUCUCUUCACUCCAAAAAACACAAGAACAUAUCAGUAUAAGACGCUGGGAGAAUACCCAGACCUCGUGACCGCACACCGAAAAUGGUCGAAGGUGGACUACGCUCUGUACGAUCUCUUCAACGCCACCUUGUGGGCAAAAAUUGAACGACAGGGUCCUGACUUCUAUCGCGAAGUCUACCAUUUUGAAGACAUGCGGACUAAAGUCGUGCAAUUCUGCGACGUCGCGGAAUCGUCGUGGAAACUUCAAAUCCCCGCGUCAAAGUGGAACAAGAAGUUCCUCGUAGACGCCGAGUUUUGCAGUAGGUUGAGACUUCCCCAAACAACGUACAUGACCAAUCUCAAAGAAAAAUAUGACGCCCAAAAAAGAACAUCACGUCAACAGAAAAGAGUGCCUGCGAGUGUGUACUGCUUUUCAGGGACGGGGAAUUAUCGUUUUGUCGCUCAGAAAAACAUCAUUGAUAGUUAACGAUUUCACAGUCACUUUGUUUGAUUUUUCCACCAGGACUAUUGCUGCAUUGGUGCACGUGUAAUGAGGAGGUUCGUGUUUCUAAAUGCUGCGGCACGGUGCAAAAUGCAUCAUGGUUAGUAUGUCAAAGGUGAAUGCCCCUAACAUGUUAACGCUUGUUGUCU